CAUCGCCAUUGCAGCCAAAGAGCUGUUCAAAGGUCCAUGUGGGCAAGAAGGUGUGGAGCAGCGCCUCGAUGGCCAUCGCGCGUGAAGGUGGUCUUUUUUAGCUUCAUUUCAGGGACGCUGGGGCUGUCCCUAUAUUCAUACAUGUCAGGCAUGAAUGUUUCUUCAUUAGACUUGGAUGAGCCCACGUCUCAACGGGUGCUUUGUCUCUCAGAAUGGCCCCAGCGCUACGACAGAGUUUUUGCUUUGAGCACUUGGAACAAUCCAGAGGACGAGGUGCUCUUUCAGGUUCCCGGACAUAACCAGGAGUUUCUGGCGCAGUAUUUCUGCAAGGCUCCAGAUUUGGAUCUGGCUUGCAGGGACGUCAAGCUGCGCACCCAAGACUUGGGCACACCGUUGGCCAUGGCAAUGGGCGGUUCGGGUGGCCAGUACUAUGACAUUUUAGGUGUUUGGGCGAUGCUGUGGCUGGUUCUGACCUUUGUGGCCUGGUUGGGCGUCACGAUCCACGACCUGGCUCUGAUCGGUCAAACGCAGAAGGAUUUCAUCCUUGACGUGUCCGGGGUGAAUCGACACUGCCCAUGCAUUCGCUCGGUUUGGAAAGCCUUGGCUGCUUACAGGCCCUUGCUGCGUCUUGCUACAGCAGAGCACCUGCCAUGCGCCCGCGUGCUCGGGAUGGCGUUGGCCGUCGCUUUGGCCCCGAUCAUUCUGGUGUGGAACUUGCUGGUGCUGCUCUUUGUGGUCUGUCCAAUGAUCCUUUUUGCCUUCAUGCGCUAUCCGAUCAGGAUGAGUCGAGCUUGGGUGUUUAUCAUCUCCGUGGUUUGUUUCCUCUAUGGCCUCGGGCUGACUUUGCAGCAGCUGGCCUACAUCGCUUCCAUGGACUUGCGUCCUCAGUACGCGUUGACUUGGAAGGUUCCCAGCAACCAAACUCAAACGCUUUGCACCUGCGGUUGUGACUAUUCCGUUUCCUCAAAUGUGUGUAUCAAUCUUGGAACGAUUGGCUUGGUGACCACCUUGAAAGCCGCCUUCUUAGCCUUCCGUUGCCUCAAGGGCUUACGGAGGUCGCAAUGGGCCAACCUUCUGUCUGUCACCUUUCCAGUCCCUUUGACGGUCUACGAAGUGAACUGGCAACAAGCAGAUGGCAAACCCAUCCGCUUUCGCACCGAGGAGAUGCCGGUGCAGGGUGAAGUUGCCUUUGAUCCCUUUGCCAUGAUGGAUGAGCAGCCAGACAGUAAGUUCACCACAGUGCACCUAAGACCAGAGCUGUUGCGCCCUGAGCACGUGGAGAAGACGAAGAAGACGGAGGCUUCGGAGGCAUCGGAGGCUUCGCAGCGGACCUGCAGGACCUUAGAGAUGCCUGGAAGGCCUGUGCCGGCGAAGCUCGAACCUGCGCGGUUCAAAGCGGUCAUUGAAUCGGAAUAUAUCGGCUGCUGUGGUUUUCCCUGGCCCACCGGUGGCAAGAAAUUUGUCUACGAUGAAGAUUUCCUGGCUGAAUUGGAAGCAGGAGCUUCAGGGCUGGAGGAGUCAACCCCCUCGAGCAUUCCAGAGAUGGAGGUGCCUUCAUUGGAGGAUAAGAAGGACUGUGGCGCGGUUGUGACAUGCCAAGAUCGCGGAAGGCCAUCUGGCAGCGAGUUCAGCGAGUUCAUCGCACAGCCGCGUGACCACACUCCCAUGAGUCGGCAAUCUGAUCGGGUAUGAGCCGGGGUCCGUGUCCUGGACG